GCACAGGAUGAUUGAUGGCUUAUAUCCCAGCAGAGAGAAAGAGAGACUGUAUAGGUCUGUGAAUCGCAGCAGCGGCUUUGUGCGUCUCUUUCUGUGUGAGGUGAGCGAGAGAGAGGCUCAGGGCUGCACUCCUCCAAGGGCUUCUCGUACUCUCUCUCAGCACACGUUCACACACGCGCAUACCGUGCAUCCAGACAGGGAGCUUUAACCAUCCCAGACACACAGUCUGCUGCCCGGUGGAGUGCUGCGAAUCAGUCUGGGAGAGCCGGACGGAGAGGAGGGAUUUCACACAGGAUCCGUCUGCGAUUUGCAACAGCAUGCGCCCGCUGAGCCAGACUUCAUCCCAAGGUUGAGCUGAGCGCUGCAGCACGCGACGAGGGAGGAAUGGAUCGCAGAGAGAGCAGGACGUGGAACUGAGGGCUCGCUGUGUGCGUUUGCAUCGUCGGAGGAUGCUGGCAUCGCGGCAGGGCAUUUAAGAGUUCGGCGGAUGCUAGUGGAUGGAUUUUGCAUGCUGUCGGAGAGGGUUGUGAUUCAGAGACAUGAGGCCUCUUCUGAAGAACACCCUUGAAUAUUUCCCUCACUGUGGAUGUGCAAUGAUUUCUGCUCGGCAUAACCGCAUCUGAGGUCACUUCUUCUCUAGACCCUCUUUUAUACCUCAGGGUUGACUUUCAAAACUCAUAAGUGUCUGUGUGCUUCCUGUUGAGCACCGCUGGAUUUGAGACCAGUUUUGCUUCAUUGCAUCCGGAGUGCAAAACUGCUGAAACAUUGCCCUCCAUGGUUUCUGCCCAUUUCAAGAAGCUAUCGUCUUACAUCGUAAAGAUUUGCAAAGGAAUGUUUACAAAGAAACUGGCAAAUACCACAAAGAAGAAAGAGAGUAGUGAAAACAAAAAAGAACCCAAAACGUCCCCCGAACUGCAAUCACGGAACCCGACGUUCUCAACCACACUGAGAAGCACAGUAAAAAAAAUCUCCAAAUGCUCGUCGGCACGCAAUAUAUCUCUUGAGGAGGAUGACGGAAAAACCGACUGUUCUUCUCUUUCGCCAACAUUCAGUUACCGUGUAGCAAUUGCCAAUGGACUUCCAAAAAAUGCCCUCUUUCUGAACAAUAAUGAGUUUCAUGAGGUCUUGUCAAUUGGUAGCGAUUACUCUGACUCUCUAAACGAGGCAAAACUUGUCCAUAGAUUCGAUGAACAAAAAGCUUAUACAAUGCCAGGAAGAAGGAACAGGAAGAGCUUGAUUAGUUUAGCGCCCUCUGAUGGUAGCUCGGAGGGGGAGCGGGGAGAGCGCAGCAGUCUCCACACCCUUCGAUUGGGUGCUCUGAAAAAACUGAGGAAGUGGAAGAAGAGCCAAGAAUGUGUGUCCUCGGACUCAGAGGCCAGCAACUGGAGAAAGACUCUUGGCAUCAGAAGCAAAUCUCUGGACCGGGCUGGCCGACACCAGAAAACCACUACCCUGGAGCCGGGGUCCAGCUCGACGGGAUGUAUCAGUCAGACUCAGGAUGUGAUGGAGAUGAUUUUCAAAGAACUUCAGGGAAUCAGUCAGAUCGAGUCUGAGCUCUCAGAACUUCGAGGGCACGUUAACGCCCUCAAAAGCUCCAUCGACGAGAUCUCCAGCAGCGUGGAGGUGGUGCAGAGCGAAAUCGAGCAGCUACGUUCAGGGUUCGUGCAGUCCAGACGCGAGACUCGAGACAUCCAUGAUUACAUCAGACAGAUUAGCCAACAGACCAACAAAGCUACUCUGAGAUUUCUAAAUGUGCCUGAGGAGAAGUACGAAAAAACUGAAGACCUUAUUUAUCAGAUCCUAAAAGAGAAAAUGGGUUUUUCUGAAGCACGCAAGACAUUUAAAAUUGAAUUGGCCCAUCGACUAGGGCAACAAAGAGAAUGUUACAAUGCUAAACCUCGACCAAUUGUAGUUAUAUUUUCAAGCCCACAAGACAGGGAUUUAGUUUUGAAAAAGUGUUAUAAGCUAAAAGGGACUGGAAUAUCAAUUUCGACAGAUAGUCUAGCACACGAUUCAAAAGAAAAGAGAGACAAGCUGAUGGCUUCCUCUCAGACAUAUGAAAGCAUGGACAUCAAGGUCUCAGCCAAAGACAAGGCUGAAAGUGAUGACUGGGACUCAAUGGAGAGCGACAAAGAGCUUGAUGAAUUAAACAAGAACAAAUUUGCAAUUGUGUCCAAACCACCUCCAAAAAGUAAAUCGGACAAGAAAAAGUCUCACGAUCAGCGAAGGAUGGCAGAUGACUCUGCAUACUCUGUGCACUAUGCGGAUAAUACAGCCUACGAUGAUCACGACAAGCAAAGCAAGUCCUACUAUUCUGACAUAACACCUGGAUGGCUGUCUCAGAGCGACUACUCCACUCCCAAACUCAGUCGGUCUGAAUCGGACUGCUCCAAACUUUGCCAGUCUUACUCCGAGGACUUCUCAGAGAGUCAGUAUUUCAGCAGAGUCAACGGCUGUUCCUUGCUUUCCUCCUCAGAUCAGGAACUUUGGCAACGGAAGCAAGAAGACAUGGCGUCCUCCUGGUAUGCUAGUCCCCCCAGUCAAACUCUGAGCCAAGAACAACCUUAUGCGGAACAUAAUGAAGUUGAAACCACAGAGACUAUUGACAGUGGUGUAAGUAAUGGUCUUGUUUGUAUAUCAGGGGACAGGAGCCAUUACAGCGGCUCUCAGCUGUCGCUGCAGGGUGAUCUCUCACCGUGGAAAGAUUGGCAUCACGUUGAACAAGGUGCUGAUUCAGGUUUGGAAGCCUCCACUGAACAGAACAUAAUAUCUGAAAUCAGUAGCCCCUUUGACCCUACAGCUAACCCUGGUUUCCCUGAGAAAAUUACUAAAUGCCUUGAGGUUGAUUUGCAAUUUGAAGGUGAGACCUUUUUGACACUAGAUAGCACUCCUGAGACAGGCCAAGAUCAAGAUAUAGAUAUAGAAACUGAUUUUUUGGAACCUGAGCUUGAGCCAGAACCAGAAUCAGAACCAGAACAAAUGCCACAGCCUGAACCAGAACCUGAACCAGAGCCUGAACCAGAGCAAGAACCAGAACCAGAGCCAGAAGUUGUGAUUGAACCCAUACCAAAACCAGUACCUAAACCUGUGGCUGAACCGCAACUCGAAAAGAAGCCCAAGACCAAAAAGAUCCAAGCUAAGCCUGAAUCAGCUCCACAAACUUUGCAGCGACAGGAUGUGAACCACCUCCAGCAGAACCCGAAAUCGUCCUCCAUGUACCGGAGCCAGAGUGAGAUCAGAAAUGAGAAAGUGGAGGAAGUCCCCAAAUCUUGGAGUAGCAGGCUCAGCAUAGAUCUCAGCGAAAAAACCUUCAGCUUUGGAGGAUUUGGAUCCUCUCUGCAAAGAGCAAAGUCAGCUUUGGAUUUUGUGUGGAAUAAAGGUUCCCAAAGCACUAGCGCCCCAGUUGAAGAACCGAGCAACACCUCAUUCAUGGGCAGGUUCAGAACCAUGUCCCAGUCCACAGCGAACAGCUCCAGCACAACCAUUGACUCUGACGUCUACACAGAACCUUUCUAUUUCAAGGCAGAAGAAGAAGAACAACCUGCUGAGCAACCCGUGGACAAUGAGACACAUUAUGUUGAGGUGAUGGAACAAGUGCUGGCCAAUCUGGAAAACAGAACAAAUGCUAAUGAGGCUGAGGAGCAGUACCAAGAAGAGGUAUACGAUGUUUUGCAAGAGUAUGACAUUUCGCAAGAGGGUAACCUCGUGCUGGAAUAUGACUGCAGCCUUGAUGAGGAAUACAGUGAGGACUAUGACGACAAUCCGAUGACUGAAGACACAGAGGAGUAUGAGGUGAGUUUGGUGGAUUAUUUGGAAGAAACCGAGGAACCAGAAGCAGAGACCGAGGAGCAGGAGGAGAGCAAAGAGGAGGUGCAGGAAGUUCAAGAGGCAUCAGAAAUGAAGGGAGCAGAUGAGAUAAAAGAGACUGUAGAACAAGAGGAUGAGAACAAAAAUGUUAAAGAGGUUCCUGUCCAAGAAGCACCACCCAAAAAAAGGAUGCGUCCCACCUUCAAAGAGGCAGCACUGAGAGCUUACAGGAAGCAGAUGGCUGAGCUGGAACAGCAGAUCCUGGCAGGAGACAGCACUGCUCUGGACACCGAGGGUUGUGCCAACAUCCUGGACCCAGCCAAACUGGGGCUGAGCGGCGGAGGGGUUGGCAGUAUACUUUACGGCAUUGACAGCAUGCCAGAUUUACGUCGCAAGAGGACCAUGCCUAUUGUCCGAGACCUGGCUUUGACAUUGGCUGCUCGAAAGGCAGGCAUUGCGUUUGGGCUCGUGAACAGAUCGACUCUGAACAACGAGGAGCUGAAACUGCAUGUGCUCAGAAAGACCCUGCAAGCGUUGAUCUAUCCCAUCUCCUCCACCACACCCCAUAAUUUCGAGGUGUGGACGGCCACAGCACCCACCUACUGUCACGAGUGUGAGGGUCUGCUGUGGGGCAUCGCCCGGCAGGGCAUGCGCUGCACCGAAUGCGGGGUCAAAUGCCAUGAGAAAUGCCAGGACCUCCUGAACGCAGACUGUCUCCAACGUGCUGUAGAGAAGAGCUCGAAACAUGGAGCUGAAGACAAGACCCAAAACAUCAUCAUGGCCAUGAAGGAACGCAUGAAAAUCAGGGAGAAGAACCGGCCCGAGGUGUUCGAGGUAAUCCAGGAGAUGUUUCAGCUCUCGAAGGAAGAUUUCAACACUCACCUGAAGACGGCCAAACAGGCUGUGCUGGAGGGGACGUCCAAGUGGUCUGCCAAAAUCACCAUCACAGUUGUAUGUGCUCAAGGUUUGCAAGCCAAAGACAAGACGGGCUCCAGUGACCCCUACGUCACAGUACAAGUGGGAAAGACCAAACGCAGGACCAAAACCGUUUUUGGCAAUCUCAACCCGGUCUGGGAUGAGAAGUUCUUAUUUGAGUGUCAUAAUGCUACAGACCGUAUAAAGGUCCGUGUGUGGGAUGAAGAUGACGACAUAAAGUCCAGAGUGAAGCAGCACUUUAAGAAGGAAUCGGAUGAUUUCCUGGGUCAGACCAUCAUCGAGGUGCGGAUGCUGAGCGGGGAGAUGGACGUCUGGUAUAAUCUUGAGAAGCGGACGGAUAAGUCGAUGGUUUCGGGGGCCAUCAGGCUGAAGAUCAGCGUUGAGAUGAAGGGAGAAGAGAAGGUGGCUCCUCCUCAUGGGCAGUACACAUGUUUACACGAGAAUCUCUUCCACUACCUGACGGAGUUGAAGAACAACGGAGUCGUGAAGAUCCCGGGGGUCAAAGGUGACGAUGCCUGGAAGGUUUACUUCGACGACGUGUCGCAGGAGAUCGUGGAUGAGUUUGCCAUGCGCUUCGGUGUGGAGUCCAUCUACCAGGCCAUGACGCAUUUUUCGUGUCUCUCGUCCAAGUACAUGUGUCCCGGUGUUCCCGCGGUGAUGAGUAACCUGCUUGCCAACAUCAAUGCCUACUUCGCUCACACAACAACGGCAAACACUAACAUCUCGGCCUCCGACCGAUUCGCAGCAUCCAACUUUGGGAGAGAGAAGUUCGUCAAACUCUUGGAUCAGCUUCACAACUCUCUGAGGAUCGACCUCUCCAAGUAUCGGGAUAACUUCCCUGCUGGAAAUCCAGAGAGACUCCAAGACUUGAAAUCAACCGUCGACCUGCUGACAAGCAUCACCUUCUUCAGGAUGAAGGUGCAGGAGCUGCAGAAUCCUCCCAGAGCCAGUAUGGUGGUUAAGGACUGUGUGAAGGCCUGUCUGGACUCCACCUACAAAUACAUCUUUGACAACUGCCAUGAGCUCUACAACCAACUGCUGGACCAGGAGUUCCCUCAAGAGUUGAAUAUGGGUAGAAUUAGUGCUGAAAUCAUGUGGAACCUCUUCGCCAUGGAUAUGAAGUACGCAAUGGAGGAACACGACAAGCAUCGUCUAUGCAAGAGCACAGAGUACAUGAACUUGCACUUCAAAGUCAAAUGGUUCCACAACGAGUACGUGCGAGACCUGCCUGCCUUUAAGGGAAUUCCUCCAGAGUAUUCGCUGUGGUUCGAGCCGUUUGUUAUCCAGUGGUUGGAUGAAAAUGAAGACGUAGCGAUGGAUUUCCUCAACGGAGCUCUGGAGAGAGAUAAAAAAGAUGGGUUCCAGCAGACAUCAGAGCAUGCUCUCUUCUCCUGCUCGGUGGUGGAUGUGUUCACGCAGCUCAAUCAAAGCUUUGAGAUCAUCAAGAAGCUGGAGUGUCCGAACCCUCAAGCUCUCGCUCACUUCAUGCGCAGGUUUGCAAAGACCAUAAAUAAAGUUCUUCUCCAGUAUGCUGUGAUCAUCUCUAAAGACUUCAGCAACCAUCUGAACAAGGAGAAAGUGCCCUGUAUCCUCUUGAACAACAUCCAGCAGCUCCGAGUUCAGCUGGAGAAGAUGUUCGAGUCCAUGGGAGGAAAGCAGGAGGAAGGGACUGUGGUCUUCUGCAAGCUGGACGCGGAGGCCAGUGAGCUGCUGAAAGAGCUGCAGAAUAAACUCAAUACGGUGCUGGAUGAGCUCAGCGGCGUCUUCGGCUCCAGUUUCAAGUUGGUCAUUGAGGACUGUGUCAAACAAAUGAACCAGGAGCUGAUGCAGAUGAAAGGAAACGCAGGGAACAAGAGUAACGCAGCCAUGGACGCAGAGACCGUCCUGAGACCCCUCAUGGACCUGCUGGACAAGAACCUAAUUCUGUUUGCCAAGAUCUGUGAGAAGACGGUUCUCAAACGGGUCCUGAAGGAGCUGUGGAAGCUCGUGCUCAACACCAUCGAGCGACAGAUUGUUCUUCCACCGCUCUCAGACCAGACAGAGCAUGUGAUCCGGGAGGAAGCUCGCAGUCUGAGCCCUCGACAAUGUGCCGCUUUGGAUUUAGUGCUUCCCACCAUCAAGUUCCUCUCCAGGCCUCUGGAGGGCGAUGUGAUGCAUGCAGAAACUCGAGCGUUUAUGAUUGUGGGUGUGAACAAUAUCAACUGGCAGACGAACGCCAUGUUUCGACCCUUCGUGGAGAUCAAUGCCAUCGGCCCACACCUGGCUGACAAGAAACGCAAGUUUAGCACCAAAACCAAGAAUAACAACUGGUCUCCAAAAUACAACGAAACAUUCCAGUACGUGCUGAGUAAUGAACACGGCCCAGAGGCCUACGAGCUUCACAUCUCCGUGAAGGACUACUGCUUCGCCCGAGAGGACCGGAUCAUCGGCAUGACGGUCCUGCAGCUCAGAGAACUGGCCGAGAAGGGCAGCUUGAAUGCCUGCUAUCCACUCGCCAAGAGCGUAAACAUGGACGAAACUGGCCUGACCAUCAUGAGAAUACUCACGCAAAGGACCAACGACGAAGUGGCCAAAGAGUUUGUACGUCUCAAAUCAGACACGCGGUCAGCCGAGGAAGUGUCGUAGAGAAGCGCGGUUGUGUUUGUUUUCGUGCAUGUGUGUAAAACAUCUGUUGGAAUGUUCAUUUUAAACUACAAGUACGUACAAAAGUGUUUACCUACCGUAUGCGUUCUAUCAAAUAUUAUAUUCUACGAAGUUAUGUUCAAGAGACAGUUUUGUAUGACGAUUAGUCUUUUUGAACAGAUGUCGUAUUUGUUCAGAUAAAGUGCCAAACCUGAUGAGUUAAAAAAAAAAACACACAAAAAAAAAAACAGACGCAUAUUAAUUAUUGGUGAAGUUGGUAUCUUUCUAAAUUUGCUCGAUUCUUUUUGUCCGGUGUAUAUCAUCCUCUCUUUAAGUGUGUAGCCGUUUUGUUUGUCUUUGUUCUCGCACCGUUUUUGUUUUGUUUUUUUUGCAUUUUUCACACAGCACUGGUGGUGCAUGUCUCGUUUUCUUGGUGAUGUCUCUCUCCCAUGUGUUCGCAGUGACUGGGCAUCAGCUCAGACCCGCUCCCCUCCAACGUUUUGUAUUUGAGUCGACUUUAAAAAGAGACCAUUUUUUUUAAAUGGCGAUGACUGCUACGAAUCUCUUCAUAAGUGUUUGUAAUUUUAUAGUCGUUGACAACAAUGAAACCACCUCGAGUGCUGCCGGGCAGGAGGGGUGGGAUGUUCUUUUCGUUUAUUUUUUGUAGGUUUCGUUACUUUACGUUUCCUUUUUUACCAUAGGCUUUCAGCCUUUCUGAAUUAUCACUGUGAACAUGGGCUCUGAAAGGCAAGCUUACAUCACAUUUGUUGACUGUUUGA